ACCACAAGUUGACAGUGAGCUGCAAUUGCACGGUGAGCUUGCAGCCAUGGCAGAAGGCAAGACUGGAGGUGCCGGACUCUUUGCCAAGCAGGUCCAGAAGCGAUUCAGCCGUGCCCAGGAGAAGGUUUUGCAGAAACUGGGCAAAACAGUGGAAACGAAAGAUGAGCAGUUUGAACAAAGCGCUUACAACUUCCAGCUGCAGCAGAAUGAAGGCAACAAGCUCUACAAGGACCUGAAGACUUUCUUAAAUGCUGUGAAAGUGAUGCACGAAAGCUCCAAGAAAGUGGCAGAAACCCUGCAAGAAAUUUAUAGUGUGGACUGGGAUGGUCAUGAGGACUUGAAGGCUAUCGCUGAGAGUAACAAUCUCCUGUGGGAAGAUUACGAGGAAAAACUUGCUGACCAGGCAGUGAGGCUGAUGGAGAAUUACCUGGCUCAGUUCAGUGAAAUCAAGGAGCGCAUUGCCAAGCGGGGGCGGAAGAUGGUGGACUAUGACAGUGCCAGGCAUCACCUGGAGGCACUGCAGAAUGUCAAGAAGAAAGACGAAGCCAAGAUUGCCAAGGCUGAAGAGGAGUUCAAUAAGGCUCAGACUGUGUUUGAGGAUCUGAACAAGGAACUUCGAGAAGAGCUGCCUGUUCUCUAUAGCAGCCGGAUUGCUUGCUACGUGACCAUCUUCCAGAACAUUUCCAAUUUAAGAGACAUCUUCUACAAGGAAAUGAGCAAGCUGAACCAUGACCUCUACGACGUGAUGGGCAAGCUGGAAAAGCAGCACUCCAGCAAGGUCUUCAUCAUCAAGGGAGUGUCAAGUAACAGGCGCUCGCUCGUCAUCUCCUCUCCCGUGAGCCCUCCUGUUUCAUUCAUGUCCCUGGGAAACACUGUAGAUGGGAUCCCAAAGACUCCUCUUGGUGAUUUAUCGGGCGAUAAGAGAGAAUCCAUGUCCUCUGUGGGCAGCGAAGUCCAGGCUGAGAUGCCUUUAUCUCCUCCUGCCGAAUUAUCACCUAGCAAAAGAGAAUCCACAUCAGCAGCAGAGGUGGAAUCUGUGUCCUCUAGUGGCAGCAAGGUCCAGGCUGAGAUACACCAGGGCACAGCAGAAGAUGGAGGUAACGAGGAAGAAUCCACACUGGCAGCAAACGUGGAGGCCGUGUCCUCUAGCAGCAGCGAGGUCCAGGCUGAGAUACCUCUGUCUUCUCCCACUGUACCAUCGUGUAAGCAGAGGGAAUCCACAUCAGCAGAAGAGGUGGAGGCUGUGUCCUCCAGCACCAGCAAUGAGGUCCAAGCUGAGUUACCUCUGUCUUCUCCCACUGGACCAUUGCAUAACCAGCGGGAAUCCACAUCAGCAGACGUGGAGGCCGUGUCCUCCAGCAGCAGUGAGGUCCAGGCUGAGAUACCUCUGUCUUCUCCCAGUGUACCAUCGUGUAACCAGAGAGAAUCCACAUCGGCAACAGAGGUGGAGGCCGUGUCCUCCAGCAGCAGCACCGAGGUCCAGGCUGCAAAACAUCUGUCUCCUCCUGCUGUACCACCACGUAAUCAGAGGGAAUCCACAUCGGCAACAGAGUUGGAGUCCGUGUCCUCCAGCAGCAGCGAGGUCCAGGCUGAGAUACCUCUGUCUCCUCCUGCUGUACCACCACGUAAUCAGAGGGAAUCCACAUCAGCACCAGAGCUGGAGCUCACAUCUUCUGGUGCCAGCAAAACCCAAGAUGAAAACCAAACAGUCCCCACAGACAAAGCCACCAGAGCUCCAGAAAGGCUGCUCCAGGGAGUUGAAGACCUUGCAGCAGCCAUGGCUGCCACCAUCUUAUCCGAAGCUGUAGCUGAGGCUGUGGGGAAAGCUGGAAAGCCGCCUCCCGCUGAUGUAGCCCCAGCUCUUGAAAGCCCCGAGCCCAGCACUUGUGAGUUGGAAGGGAUAGAUGAAUGCUUAGCCCUCCAAGACAGCAAUGAAACCUCAUCUCCUCAAGACCCCUCAGCCUCUGAACUGAGAAAAGAGGCCGAGCAUUGGGAAGACGCCCAACACCAAGUGACCAACGAGGCAUUGGGUCAGCCAGUGAAUCGGACAGCCUUCGGCAAGGGCUCGGUUUGCCUUGAAAAUGCCGUGAAUGCUCCCAGCGAAGGUACUCCACCUCCCAGCACCGGUGACUCCCGUCCACUGAAAGCAGAGGGACCCACUGAUAACAGCCAGCCUUGGCAGAUGUCAGACACCAAGCGGGAGGCUUGUCCACCCAGCAGGGAGGCUGAGGCUUGCAGCAGCAGUGAGGGCACAGAUGAAGAACUCAAUGUUUCCUCACAGGUUGUGCUUGCUUUCGCCCCUGAUGGCGAAACAAGCAGUGACAGCAGUGAGCUGCCUUCAGGCUUCCUGUUCAAGGCUCAAGCCAUCCAAGCUCACACAUCAGGCGACGAGAACCACCUGCAGUUCAGGGAAGGUGAGAUCAUUCUGGUGGUGUCGGACUCGCAGGCCCAGGAGAAAGGAUGGUUGACGGGCUUCAAGGAGAGUGACUGGAACAAGAACCCUGGACAAGUACAGAGAGGAACUUUUCCCCAGGACGUCAUCAAACCAGUUUCCUCUGACUGAGUCCAGUGCAGCAGCGUUGGUUAGGGUAGAGCAGGAAGUGGGACCUUCUUAUGCAUCACGUAACAUUAUGCCACUGUACCAAAGAUAGCAUUGCCACACACAGCAACUUCAGACCAUCCAACUGAUACCGGGGGGGGUGAGAAUCUGUCUCUCGAUAGGAGAUGAAGGGCAGGUUGGAAUUCACGGGGCUGGUGUGAAGACGAACAAACUCAGGUACAAUUCUGGGGGACCCAUCCCCAGCGCCCAUAAAAAUCAAUCCCCAGUGCUUUCGAUAGGAAGGAAUUUGCCGUCACAAGAGAUUUGGGAAAAUAAACAGAAGCAGUGGUUGAAAAGAGAUCAGAUUCACCCAAGGAACCUUGUCUGCCUAUGUCCUUAGACCAACACGACUACAACCUACACCCUGGCACAACCAGGAGCAUUUUGUUCCUUGUUGUUCAGAAACACCCCUGAGUUUCGGCUCAAGUGCAGGACACGCAUGGUUAACAUUAAGUGACACCAGCUGAAGUAUAUGGGGUUACUCACAGGCUUAGUUUUAAGCACAUUGGCUUCAGUGCUUUGCUGGUUUCAGGACCUUUAGUGUAUCAGAGUACUGCUUCAGUGACAUCUCCUCCUUGCAAGCCAGGUCAGCCCAUGGAAAGGCCGUGGCUCUUGGUGAUGACUCGUGGAGUUGAGACUUGCUCAGACCUCUGUGGUUGAGAAUCCGGGUCUGAUUUUCUGGCCGUGCUGCACCGUAGGGCCAAAUACACAAGAGAUCUGCUCUCAUUUCUCAGCUCCACCAUGCCCUUCUCUCUGCUGCAUGCCAGUUUAGCUGUGACCGAACCCAAAGCGUGUGAUAAGGGCUGGUUCCUAGUGAGUGGCCUUGAUGUCUUGUAGCUCUGAGAAGGAGCACCAAGAAGAGAUGAUACUAAACCCACAGUGGCUUCCUGCUGGGUGCAUUUUCACCCUGAUUUUUCACUCCCUGAUAUAUUAAUAAAGGUGCCAGGCUA